CACUUGGAGAGGAAUCAACCGGAGCACUUCAGCCGUUCUCAGGUCACCAUGAGGCCGCUGGUGUUGUCUGUGCUGCUGCUGUGUGUGCUGAGCGCAGUGGUCUGGGAGCAGAGCGAAGGGACGGCGGUGAAGCUGUGCGGGCGGGAGUUCAUCCGGGCCGUCAUCUACACCUGUGGUGCAUCAAGGUGGAGGAGGCUUCUCCGGGAGCAAGAGCUCUAUGGUGCGGUCAACGAGGAUAAGGUCCACUGUGAAUCAUGCAACAGAACCAGAAGGAAUCCAAGCAAGAGGGACUUGAACCACGUGCUCGCUAACAUGUGCUGCCAGGUGGGAUGUCGCAAGACUGACCUGUCUGUCUUGUGCUGAGGGGAUAGAGCACAGCACACCUGUCUACAAUGCAAAGUCCCCACUCCCAUGGCAGGUCCAUUGCCCCACACUGAAGUCAACCUCAGCUUUGAAUAUAUAUCAGCAGUUCCAUAAUGCGUCUUGUAUGGUUUGAAAAAAACUGUGUGUUGAAUCGAGUGUUAAUGCUGCAUACAUUCCCCACCUCUCUCAGUAAACUUAAAUCAAGAGAUUUCAGUCUUGAAACAACAGUACAGGCACAUUUAUGAUGUGCACUCACUGUUAUUGACACUGUAUAAUAAAUGUUACUGUGUAGUUAAGUGUGCCGUGAAAAGUGUCAAGUGUGUCAAGCUGAGUGGUUUUCAUGUCACAUUUAAUGGAUCACUUUAUUUAAAAUAAAGUCCUUUACCCUAAAAAUACACUAAAUUCCUCACGUGUCGGGUAAAUUUAUAUGAAAAUUUAUGGAAUAUUGAUAAAUCAGAUAAUCAUGCUUUCA